CGAGAGAGCCCGGGGAGGCGAGGGAGGCAUGAUCAAAGCCGAGAAAGGGGAGGGAUGGUAGAUGGGGAGGAGAGGAUAUCCAAGACAACAACGGGACAAAGAUGGCGCCUGUGACGGGACGUCCGCCCGCGUACCAAAACGUCCGGAUCGCCCGGCGGUGGCCAGGGCGCUCGACGGUCCCCAUUCAUCCACCCUCCCCCCCUUUGUCCCUGCAGGAUGACCGCCGACAUGACACGCCGGAACCACCAGGCCUACCGCCGCCGCCACCGCCAUCGCCGCCAGGCUAGCACGGCUAUGCUUGGACCAGAUGGAGCAGCCGUCGGUCCAGGACUGGACCAGGACUCGGACUGGUGUGUGGACCUCACCUGAGCCACCGCCGCACUCUGCCUCCUCCACAUACCAACAGGGAGGCAUGGCUGGGUGCUCCCGACUGACUGACAGCCGGCUGGAGGAGGAGGGUCACAGGCGGGACGCUCGGGCGCUGCUGCUGGUGAAGUGGACAUGUGAACCACUUGACUGCAGGUUAGACACCUGAGGGAGAAUUGUUUGUCUGCAGAAUCAUUGCUGCAGGAGGACGUCUGACCUCUGCCGUGUGCAACCAGAGACAUGAGCGUUGUCAGGGACUUACAUGGGAUUGGGUUCAGGGGUGGCGGCGGCGGGGUGGUGGCCUCUCUCAGCGGCCCAGCCCAUUUCACGGAGGAUGCGCCACGGCCGCCGGUCCCCGGCGAGGAGGGCUCUGACGUGGACCCCCCGGUCCAGUCGGCGGUCACCCGUCCAGGCGGCCUAUCUCAGACACUUGGCUUCCCCCUGUCGUCGUUAUCCGCCAAGAUGGGGGAUUCCUCAAGCUACACGCCUUCCUCCUCUUCGGCGACCCCCCGUCGCCCCGACCUGGACUUGGGCUACGAACCGGAGGGCUCGGCCUCACCCACUCCGCCUUACCUGAAGUGGGCCGAGUCCCUUCACUCGCUCCUGGACGACCAGGAAGGAAUCCAGCUGUUUCGAAACUUCCUGUGCCAGGAAGGCUGCGCGGACCUCCUGGACUUCUGGUUCGCCUGCUCGGGGUUCCGUAAGACCAGCCAGGAGAAGCGGGCCAAGCUGGCCAAGGCCAUCUACAGGAAGUACAUUGUGGACGGAAGCGGGAUCGUCUCCAGGCAGAUCAAGCCGGCCACCAAGAGCUUCAUCCGAGACUGCGUGGGGAAGCCGCAUCCGGACCCCGCCAUGUUUGAGCAGGCCCAGACGGAGAUCCAGGCUAUGAUGGAGGAGAACACCUACCCUCUGUUCCUCAAGUCGGACCUGUACCUGGAAUACACGCGGUCAGGAGGGGAGAGCCCCAAGCUCAACCCCAGCGACCAGAGCCCAUCGUCCGGUCCUGCCAAGCCCCUCCCUGGCUGCUUACCCACCCUGACCGAAGACGAGGAGUGGAGGUGCGGAGGCAGUGCGAUAGAAGCGGAGGAAGAGAAAGACGAGUGUGGAGACACACCGGCCGGAAGGCUGACCCAAAGCCUGCUGAUGAAGACGGUGCCGCAGAGAACGUCGACUGGCAGGAGGCGGCAGGACAGCAGGGAGUACAGACCUUGGAGAGAGCCGGUGAACCCGUACUACGCCAACGUGGGCUACGCCCGCGCCCCCGCCACCAGUGCCAACGACAGUGAGCAGCAGAGCAUGUCUAGCGACGCCGACACACUGUCGCUGACCGACAGCAGCGUAGAUGGUAUUCCUCCUUACAGGUAUCGGAAGCAGCAUCGCAAGGAGAUGCAUGAAAGUGCCAAAGCUAACGGACGUGUGCCCCUACCUCAUAUACCUCGCACGUAUCGCAUGCCAAAGGACAUCCACGUAGAGCCUGAGAGGUUUGCAGCGGACCUCAUCAGGAAGCUGGAGAUGGUUCUCAGAGAAAGGGAGGCAGAGGAGCGGCUGGAAGAGAGGCUGAAGCGAGUACGACUGGAAGAGGAGGGCGACGACGCCGACGUCUCCGUCAUCACCUCCAUGUCUUCCCACAGCAUACCACUUCCCCUCCCGUCGUCGUUCCCCCCUCUCUACGGCGCUCACUACUCUGAGAACACCGCCAACACGGGAGCCGUCGCCACGUACGGCGGCCUGGUCGCCAUGGAGGAUUCCCUCGACGAUGACCCGGAGUCCAUCCUAGACGAGCACGUGCAGCGGGUGAUGAAAACGCCGGGGUGCCAGUCGCCGGGGGCAACAAACAGCGGCACCUUAGGAGUGGGCGGCCGACAGACGCCUCCCAAGACGUCGCGGUCGCCUGAUGGCGGAGUCGGUCCGCCUCACUACCCGCCGCACCGAGGGGGAGGUCACAGUCUGCCUGCUUCUGGGGUCAAAGGUAUCCAUCACCACAAGCAGCUGUACCACCACAGAGGAAGAGAAGGCCAGGAGGAGACGGGCUCCAGGUCGCAGCCCAACUUCAUUUGGAAUGGAGAGCCAGCUAGUCAGUACGCAGCGAGAAGUCGAAAUUACGCCGACGGGGCCGGAGCCAGCAUCCUGGAUGGAAUGGGUUAUUGUAGUAAAGGGAGCACGCUGUCACGACGUGGUAAGAAGCCAUUGGAGACGUCGGGCAAGGGCGAUGAGGGCGGGCGGGGCGUGGAUACCCAGGUACCUCUAGAUGACUUGGAGAGGAACCAGAAGAUCCUCCAGUGGAUGAUGGAGGGCGACAGGCAGAGGAAAAGCUCACAUGGUGGCAGCACCAGCAGCUCCAGGCGGACGGGAGCCAGCAGCGAGGCGCCGCGUCCCACCUCUGUGGAGCGACCCGGCGCCGUCCAUCCGUGGGUCUCGGCCCAGCUGCGCAACAACCCCUCCUCAGCGUCACCCGCCAUCGUCCCACACUCGGUGGCGGCGGCCCAGGUGCAGCCCUUGCACCCUUUCAUCCAGGACCCCGCCAUGCCCCCCAACCCGGCUCCCAACCCCCUCACCCAGCUGGAGGAGACUCGACGCAGGCUGGAGGAAGAGCGAAGGAGGGCGGCGCUUCAGCAGGCUAAGCCAAGGCACAAGUCUGGAAAGCGCCAAGUGUGUGAGAACAUGACGGUCGCCUACUACUUCUGUGGCGAACCGAUCCCCUACCGGACCUCGGUCAAGGGCCGCGUGGUGACUUUGGGCCAGUUCAAGGAGCUGCUGACCAAAAAGGGCCACUACAGGUUCUACUUCAAGAAAGUCAGCGACGAGUUUGACUGCGGCGUGGUGUUCGAGGAGGUCCGAGACGACGACGCCAUCCUGCCCAUCUUCGAGGAGAAGAUCAUCGGCAAGGUGGAGAAGGUGGACUGAAGCGGCGGCGAAAGUGAGGCGACCGUUGCCACGCGGAGUACGUUUGCAGAUGAAGAAAAAGCAAAGAAAGUGGGAUGAAUGGAAGGAGCAGCGUGUGUAGGAUGUUUGGAUCAAAGACAGGCCGGAAGAUCACGUCUUAUCUUGCUUUCAUUGCGGACCUUUCAAACCUCCUGUCUGUCCACUCUGACGCCGCCAUGGAGGGAAAAGGGCGGAGCUAAAGUCUUCCACUUGUUCUCCGGAGGAGACCGCGACCAUGCUGCUACACGACCACAGGAUCUCUUCAGUCGGUGCUCAGAGACGCCCCCCCACCCUUUCCCGUCUCCGUUCCUCACCAGCUUGCCACGAGAUUACGAGGACGGAUGAUGAAAAGGAAGCUGGUCCUCUCGGAGAGACGGAUUCCUGUGACGUCACGUUGCCAUCUCUCCAAUUCAACAGUUCUCUACACAAGGUGUUUACCAAAGCUACUCUUUUAUUUUGACGGGACAAGUAUGCUUCUGACACGGCAGGUACUAUGACUUAUUCAUGUGGUAUUAUUAUGACUAUUGUUCCUUUUCCAUAUCAGGAUCUCUUUGUUCGUCUUACCCAACAACUUCCUCCCGUCUUUUUAAUUCUUACACACUCGCCAGCCAGCCAACGCUUGGCAAUGUGACGCCCGCUGAUAUUUAUCUGCCUGAACUAGCCAAAGAACACGACCACGCGUCCCCCCUCCCCCACCCCUCAUAUUUGAGUACCACAGACCACAACGAGGAAUGUUGUUCAAAUCCACACACUUGUUGUGGUUUUUCUCUUCGUUUUGAGCGUUUUAACCAAGACGUGGAGAAAACAAAGUCCUUCUUUUUAUCGGGAAGCCACAUGGCAGCGAGUCGCAUGAAAAGAAAUGCCAGCUAGUUGACGGACUGUGAAAGCUAAACCAUCAAAUAAAAAGUCAUCACACUAAAUGAUCCGUUAUGCUUAAAUUAACGAUUUGUUUUAGUACUAAUUUAUUCAAAAAAAAAAGUGUAUACAAUUGUACUUUUUUUUUUUUUAUCGAAAAAAACACAUUUUAACAUUUGGAGAUGCACACUUUGUUGCAGGGGUGUCCAAACUUUUUCCCACUGUGGGCUGAAAGAAAGCAUGCAGGGGCCAUUUUAAUAUUUUUAAUUUUCAAUAACAAUGCAAUAUUGUGACCCCUAUAGCUUCCCUCAACCAAAGGGUCUCAAUCAUUAAAGUGUUAAAAAUAAGUCAUGUAUAUAUUAGGUCUGUCCAAAAAAUGGAUUCUCGUAUUAAUCGCGAUUCUUAUUUGUAACGAUUUUUAAUCGAUUAAAAACAUUUAAAAAAAAAAUAAAAAAUUCUCCCCAGAAAUCAGUCCUUUCCAACCACUUUAUUAAAUGUUUGGGUAGAAUUUUAUUAAACAAAACCAGUUUUCGUUUAAGUAAUAUAGAAAUGUAUCAGAGCUGUUUAUACAUUUUAUGGAGGAAUGUAGUUAAUCAUAGAACUGGCACCCAAUGUUAUUAAAGUAUUGACUUUGAAUCGAAUCGUUGCCCCUAAGAAUCAAAUCGAAUCGUGUGGUGCCCAAAGAUUCAAAACCCCAUUCUAUAAAUAUAUAUACAUAUAUUUUUAUUUUUUAUUUCAACACUUAAAUAUCUAGAGAUGAACUUAAGAUGUAUCCGUUGACAUCAAGUUUAAACUAUUUUUAUGUGUCAUGCCCUAUUUGUCAAAACCCAACCCUAAUAGGAAAAACAAAGUAUGCAAUAUUAGUGGAAUAUUUGAUGUGAAAUAAUUCAUAACAAUAUUGAUUGAUUGAAACUUGUAUUAGUAGAUUGCACAGUACAGUACAUAUUCCGUAAAAUUGACCACUAAAUGGUAAGACCCGAAUAAGUUUUUCAACUUGUUUAAGUCGGGGUCCACGUAUAUUGCUUUUGGUUUAUUAUUUUUGGAACAAUGACAUUUUAAAGAAUAAAACGGACUAAAGGUCCCGGGAAAGGCCCUCCACUAAUAAAAGUGUUAAAAGUAAGACAUCUCAAUAUAAUUUUUAUUUUCAAUGCUGACAUCGCUAGAACCAAAUUCAAGAAGUUUUUUGUCGAUUACAACUUUUUAUUUAUUGAGCAAUGACAGUUUUAAAGUAAAGAACAUGGCAGCUUUAUUAGAGCCAAUAUUGCAACAUUUUCUCUUCACGUUUCAACCGUUUUCUCUUUUAUUCCACUUUUUAAUGUUUGUUUUGUAACACUUUUAAAAUGGCCGCACUUUGGACACCCCUGCUUUAGCCUGACAGCGACGUUUUUAUUCUUCUUCAUACAGCAAACUCGUCCAGACUGGAUCGGCAGCGCCUCUGCUGGUUGCAGCCAUGAAUUGCGCUCAAAAUCCUUUUUUUUAAUUUUUUUUUUUUAUUCUGGCAUUUGGAGUUCGUUAACCGAGCGAUAUGUUUUGAAGAAGUGAGUUUAAUCGCUAAGUUGUGCCAACUCGAGGAAUAUUGGUAACGUUUGCAAAAUAUUACCUAAAUGGUCAAUUCCCAGUCGUCCCAUCGUAAUCUGAAUGCCAAGUGGUCUGUUGGGACGUGAAUGUAACUCUCGCCAGCACAGAGGAGUGUUUGUGUGCGUGAGUGUGCGCGCGAUAAGGUUUCAUGUUAAACUGUUGGCAGUUGAAUGUGCUUCUCCAACCAAGAAGUGGACCUCUGGUGACUUCUUAUUUUUGUCCCGGGGAGGGAAACAAACGGAACCCAAACUGACUUCAAAACCCAUCCUUGGAUAUGACACUUUUUAAACUGAUUUGUUUAUAUAAAAAAAAAUAAUAACUUCAAUAAUCACCAAGCAUGUUCUUUGUAAGGAAUGUUUUCCAGAUGUCCAUGUUGAUGUAUUGUUUGUCUGCAAACUGCAACAUGUUGUGUUGUCAGUUUGUGUAAAACACAGUGCCUUUUUAUCUUAGCUUUUUUUCUCCCCUCUUUUCUUUAUCGUGUUGUUUAUUUUCCCCCUCACUUAGGCCUAUUGUAAUUAUUAUAUAUAUUUUUUAGCUUUCAGACAUGCUCGGUCACCUCCUCCUUGUCGUCGCCUGAUGACGGUCUGCUGUAAAUAUGUACAUUUAUCAUUUCAUACACACGCCUUUCUCACCCGCGCCGCACAUCCACGGUGUCACUGAUGUGCUGCUUCCACUUGUACAUUUCUUUGCAAAAGGUACUUCAUAAUAAAGAUGAUGGAUAAACA